AUGAGUUGUCAGAUCACGUGCAAACCUCGAAGAGCAGGAGGAGGUGGAGGAGGAUUCCGGAGCUUCAGCAGUGGCUCGGCUGUGGUCUCUGGUGGGAGCCGGAGAUCAGGCACCAGUUUCUCCUGUUUGAGCCGCCAUGGCGGUGGCGGUGGCGGUGGUGGAGGCGGCUUUGGCAGUCGGAGUCUUGUUGGCCUUGGAGGAACCAAGAGCAUCUCCAUUAGUGUGGCCGGAGGAGGUGGAAGCUUUGGCUCCGGUGGUGGAUUUGGUGGCAGAGGAGGCGGCUUCGGAGGUGGCAGUGGCUUCGGAGGUGGCAGUGGCUUCGGAGGCGGUGGUUUCGGAGGAGGCGGCUUUGGUGGAGGCCGCUUGGGAGGCGGUGGCGGCUUUGGAGGUUCUGGGGGUCCUGGUGGCUUCGGGCCUGGCGGAUUCCCUGGUGGAGGCAUCCACGAAGUCUCCGUCAACCAGAGCCUGCUGCAGCCUCUCAAUGUGAAAGUUGACCCCGAGAUCCAGAACGUGAAGGCCCAGGAGCGGGAGCAGAUCAAAACUCUCAACAACAAAUUUGCUUCCUUCAUCGACAAGGUGCGGUUCCUGGAACAGCAGAACCAGGUGUUGCAGACCAAAUGGGAGCUGCUGCAGCAAAUAAAUGUCAGCAGCCGUUCCACCAACCUGGACCCCAUCUUUCAAGCAUACAUUGGCCAACUGAAGAAAUAUGUGGAUUCACUCUCUGCAGAAAGGACAACACAAGAUUCAGAGCUGAGCAACAUGCAGGAUCUUGUUGAGGAAUAUAAGAAGAAGUAUGAGGAUGAAAUCAACAAGCGCACAGCUGCUGAGAAUGAUUUUGUGACACUUAAAAAGGAUGUGGACAAUACCUACAUGGCCAAGGUGGAGCUGCAAUCCAAGGUAGAAGUGCUGAGCCAGGAGCUUGAGUUCAUGAAAGCCCUCUUUGAUGCGGAGCUGUCGCACACGCACCAGACUAUCACCGACACCAACGUCAUCCUGUCCAUGGACAAUAACCGCAACGUGGACCUGGACAGCAUCAUCGCAGAGGUUCAGUCCCAGUACGAGGAGAUUGCUUUUAGGAGCAAGGCUGAGGCUGAGGCCCUGUACCAGAGCAAGUAUGAGGAGCUCCAGAUCACUGCUGGGAAACAUGGAGACAGCAUGAAAGAGAUCAAGAUGGAGAUCCAUGAGCUAAACCGCAUGAUCCAGAGGCUGAAAGGGGAGAUUGACCAUGUGAAGAAGCAGUGUAAGAAUGUGCAAGACUCCAUCGCAGAUGCUGAGCAGAGGGGAGAGCAUGCCAUCAAAGAUGCCAAGAACAAGCUCCUUGAGCUGGAGGAGGCCCUACAGCAGGCCCGGGAGGAUCUGGCCCGGCUCCUGAAGGACUACCAGGAUCUCAUGAACACCAAGCUGGCCCUGGACGUGGAGAUUGCCACCUAUAGGAAGCUGCUGGAGGGCGAGGAGUACAGGAUGUCUGGAGACCUCAGCAGCAACGUGACUGUGUCUGUGACAAGCAGCACUAUUUCUACAACCUCGGCAUCCAAGUCCGGCUCUGGAGGCCAUGGUUCUGGAGGUAGAGGAUCUGGUUCUGGAGGAGGAGGAGGAGGAUACGGCUCUGGAAGUGGCAGUUUCGGCUCUGGAGGCAGAGGGUCAAGCUCCAGAAGUGGCGGUGGAGGUGGCGGUGGAGGCGGCAGUUCCAGAGGAGGCUCUGGCUCCGGAGGAGGCUAUGGUUCUGGAGGAGGAUAUGGCUCUGGAGGAGGCUCUAAAGGAAGCUCUAAAGGAGGCUCUAGAGGAGGCUCUGGAGGGGGAUAUGGCUCUGGAGGUGGUACUAAAACAGGAGGCGGAGGUUUUAGCUCUGAGAGGGGUGGUGAAAGUUACAGUUCCAAUGUAAGCUUCUCUUUUAGAUAA